AUGGUCCGGCUGCCACUCCCGCAGCGGCUCAGCUCGCAUCUGUCUGCAAGGAGCGCGACAUCAACUCCGGGGCAAAGCAGAAGCACGAGUCCGAUGCGCUCCCCCGACCUUAAGCCCCUACUGUUAAAAGUGACUGUCAUCCGGGGACGAAAUCUUGCCCCCAAAGACCGAGGUGGAACCAGUGACCCAUACUUGGUGAUUACGCUGGGAGAUGCGAGGCAGUCGACACCAACGAUAUUCAAAACCUUGAACCCCGAAUGGAAUGUCUCUUGUGAAAUGCCGGUGGUGGGGGUUCCAUUGUUGGAGUGCAUUUGCUGGGAUCAUGACCGGUUUGGUAAGGACUACAUGGGCGAGUUCGAUAUUGCGCUCGAGGAAAUCUUCUCGGAAGGGGCUGUGAACCAACAGCCGCAAUGGUAUACACUAAAGUCGAAGCGGAAACCAGCGAAGAAAAAGGACAGCACUGUCUCAGGCGAAAUCUUGCUGCAGUUCUCAGUCAUUGACUCUGCAAACCCCAGCGCCUCGCCUGCCGACACAUACAGGAGAUUCAAAAGCUUAGUAUGCGCGGGCGAAGGGGAUGAGCAGCUUCCGUCCGCUGAUCUCGACGACCUUGACCCGGACGAAGAGACGUCCGACGAAGCCGAUGAUUUGACAAAGCCAGAGAUAGUAGAAAAGCGCCGGCGACGAUUGCGACUGGCUCGUCUAAGACGCAAAUCUCUGGCGGCCCGAGCAUAUCAAUUCUCGGGCACCGGGACCGGGGUGCAGGGUAUCGUGUUUAUGGAAAUUGUCCGGGUGACUGAUCUCCCUCCCGAACGGAAUGUGACGCGCACCUCGUUCGACAUGGAUCCCUUUGUGGUAACCUCUCUUGGGAGGAAAACGUUGAGAACGCCUGUCGUGCGCCACAACUUGAACCCAUUAUACUAUGAAAAGAUGGUGUUCCAAGUGAUGCGACAUGAAAAGUCUUACACCAUCGGCUUUACUGUGAUGGAUCGAGACAAGUUCUCGGGCAAUGACUUUGUUGCCUCCGCUGGAUUUCCUCUUCAGACUCUCAUCCAGUCUGCCCCAGAGGCGGAAUCGGAGUCGGGUCUUUACCGCUUCGCGGAUUCUUCUGAAUCAGAGGACCCCAGUUCUACCAAUCCCAGACCCAGCCCUCGACAGGGGGUCAGUCCGUCACCCUCGUCACAGAGCCUCUCGAGAAUGUCACGGCCGACACUGAAGCCGCGCAGCUCAGCACGUUCUCUCUCCACCCAUUCCAUUCAUGACACGCCAACUUUAGUUCCGCCUACGAGUGUUCCAGAGGAGCGCGGAAACGAGCUAGAUAGCAGCAGCACAUUACAAGUCCCCUCCACGAUUGCGGAUGAUACCGAGAUGGUCCCCCCAGUAGAUGAGGAUGGUUUCCGGGCCUAUACCAUCCCUCUCAUUCUCAAGAACCGGGAACGAUGGGAGGACAAACACUCGCCCGAGCUACAUGUCAAGGCCAAAUAUCUGCCGUAUAGCGCGCUAAGGCAGCAGUUCUGGAGACUGAUGUUGAAGCAAUACGACGCCGACGACAGCGGCCGAAUUGACAAAAUUGAAAUGACGACGAUGCUUGAUACUUUGGGCUCAACGCUGAAGGAAUCGACGAUUGAUAGCUUUUUCCAACGGUUUAGCGCAGAGAAUGAGCCGAGUGAGACAGUCGACUUGACCUUUGAUCAGGCCGUGAUUUGUCUCGAGGACACUCUUCAGGCACUGCAGAAGCGAAACUCAGCGCCCGCUAUUCCACUCCCUGUGCCUGUCCCGCCGUCAACAGGGAGUCAAGACAGCGAGGAGCCCUCAAGCAGCGAUGAGCUCGUCUUGGAAACCAGCACUACCGCACCGACGAAUGCUGACCCCGAGAAGACGGCCAUUCCAACCUUUACCAGCGACGAGCAGCCUUCUUCAACCGAUGAAGAUCACCCCGAUGACCUCGGGGAUGAGAGGGGCGAAGAGCACGUCGUGGAAAUCCGCGAAUGUCCACUUUGCCACCAGCCUCGUCUUGCAAAACGCUCUGAUGCGGAUAUCAUCACACACAUUGCUACCUGCGCGAGUCGUGACUGGCGGCAGGUCGACAAUCUCGUAAUGGGUGGUUUCGUGACCUCCAGCCAGGCACAGCGCAAGUGGUACUCCAAAGUCAUCACCAAAAUCUCCUACGGUGGCUACCGCCUUGGUGCAAACUCGGCCAAUAUCUUGGUGCAGGACCGAAUCACUGGUCAGAUUAACGAGGAGCGCAUGAGCGUCUAUGUUCGCCUUGGGAUCCGAUUGCUUUAUAAGGGUCUCAAGAGCCGUGACAUGGAGAAAAAGAGAAUUCGCCGUGUUCUGCGUUCCCUGAGCAUCAAGCAAGGUCGAAAGUAUGACGAUCCCGCUUCCGCUACCCAAAUCAAUGACUUCAUCAACUUCCAUCAGUUGGACAUGUCCGAAGUUUUGUUGCCUGUUGAAAAGUUCCGCAGCUUCAAUGAAUUCUUUUACCGCGCAUUGAAGCCCGGGGCCCGUCCGUGCUCGGCUCCCGAGGAGCCGAAGGUCAUAGUGUCGCCUGCGGACUGCCGUUCGGUGGUUUUUGAUCGGCUCAACGAGGCAACCAGUGUCUGGGUGAAGGGCCGAGAGUUCUCAGUUGAAAGACUACUGGGAAAUGCCUAUCCACAGGAUGCUCCGCGCUACCGAAACGGUGCGAUGGGCGUGUUCCGCCUGGCGCCCCAGGAUUACCACCGCUUUCACAUCCCCGUCGAUGGGAUUAUGGGGGAACCCAAAACCAUUGAGGGCGAGUAUUAUACGGUGAAUCCCAUGGCCGUCCGCUCUGCGCUGGAUGUGUACGGCGAGAACGUGCGGGUUUUGGUCCCCAUCGAUUCUGUCGCGCACGGUCGAGUUAUGGUUGUCUGCGUUGGAGCCAUGAUGGUCGGUAGUACCGUUAUUACCCGCCGCCCAGGUGACAAGGUUGCCCGAGCAGAAGAGCUGGGCUACUUCAAAUUUGGCGGCAGCACGCUCUUGAUCUUGUUUGAGGAGGGGAUGGUGAACUUCGACAAGGACCUUUCAGACAACUCCAAGGGUCCUCUGGAGACAUUGAUCCGAGUGGGCAUGUCCGUUGGCCACAGCCCCGACAUCCCUCAGUUUGAGCCCGACAUGCCGAAGAAGGCGGAGCAUGUCACAACCGAAGAGAUGCAGGAAGCCAAGCGGCGCAUCGAGGGUAGCUUUGCCCCGCCUAGUGAUGCGUCCACGCUCGCGGCCGUGCAGUGA